CCACCACCCCACCCAUCACAAAGUCCAACACGCUUUUUAAUCUGCGAAUCCUCGUGAUCCUCUUUCAGUUUUCUCUCUUUCUUUUUUCCUCUCAUGGCUUCGGAGCAGUACGAUGCCGUUUUUGAGGAAUCUCAGGACGACGACGAGGAACCCUCUUCCUCCGACAACGACCUGGACGAAAACGACGACGUCCUCAAUGGUAACGACGACGUUCUAAACGACGAAGAAGACGAAGAAUUAUUAGAAGAGGAAGAGGACAUUAUCCCCUCUUUACUCCCUCAACCGAGCGCUGCCGCCGCCUCCGCCGUAUCAUCCGCCGCAAUCCCCGCUGUUCCUCUAGCCGUCCCUUCUGCUACCGGAACCAUUGCAGCCGUUCCAAAUGACGAAUCACCCCCUGAAUCUAAACGCCAACGAAUUGAAUCCGCCGUAACGGAGAAAAAACCUCCUCCGCCGUCGCAAUUCGAUGAAUCGCGACGGUUAUUUCAGCGGUUGUGGACUGACGAAGACGAGAUCGAGCUUCUUCAAGGGUUUCUCGAUUAUUCAUCUUCAAAAACCUCGAAUUCUUCUUCUUCUCAUCAUCAUCAUCAUCAUGAUACGGCGCUGUUUUAUGAUCAAAUCAAAUCGAAGCUCCAGCUGGAUUUCAACAAGAAUCAAUUAGUCGAGAAGCUUCGAAGAUUGAAGAAGAAAUAUAGAAACGUGAUGAAUAAGAUCAGUUCAGGUAAAGAUUUUUCCUUCAAAAGCCCUCAUGAUCAAGCUACUUUUGAAAUUUCUAGAAAGAUCUGGAGUAAUUGUGUUGGAAAAGUAGAAGAUAAUGUUUUAGAUGAUGAUGAAAAUAAUAAUAACAAUGUUAAUUUAAUUGAUGAAAGCGGAGAGAAAAAGAAUUUUACGCCGAAAUCCGCAGCCUCGAAGAAAAGGUCAAGGAGUAAAGGAGGAAAAAUGGAGGAGAAAAGAGUUUUAAAUGAUGGAUUUGUGAUUGCUAAUAAUAAUAAUAACAAUUUCAAUAAUAGGAGUACUAAUGAUAAUGGUAUUGUGGAGGGAUUUGGUGGUGGUGGUGGAGGAGGAGGGAACGUGGCGGGGGUAAUAGAGGAGACGGUGAGGAGUUGCUUAACACCCUUGUUUAAGGAGUUGUUAGGUAGUGUAAUUGGAGGAGGAGGAGGGGGAUGUGGAGGAAGAGGGAUCAGUGGAUUGGCAAUGAAUGCUAUGCCUUUGAAUUUUGGAGGAAGUAUGAAUUUCGGUGGUGGUGGGGGUAAUGGGGAGUGGAUGGAUGAGAGGUGGCGGAAGCAGCAGAUAUUGGAGUUGGAGGUCUAUUCCAAGCGGUUGGAGUUGGUGCAGGAUCAGAUUAAGGCAGCUUUGGAGGAGCUUCGAUCGAUGGGAGGGUGAUAUUGGAAUAUGGGUGCUUAUUUCCAUGAAAGAUUUCUUGGUUAUUGAUGGAUAGCUGAUAGUGUAGGGGAGUAACUGGUUUUUGAGUUCCUUUUUGGGUUUAGUGUAGGGGAGUAACUGGUUUUUGUGUUCCCUUUUUUUUUAAUGUUUAUUCGAUAGAAAUGAACAGUUAUCAGAAUAAUGAUUUCUAAUUGUUUAGUCUUUCCAUCAAUAGUUUGUUCUAGUUGUUCUCAUUUGUGUAUAUAUGGUUUUUAUACAUGGGUUGGGAUGACUUGCUUAGAAUAAAAGACAGAUGUUAUCAUUAAUGCGAGCUCUGACAUUGUAGAAUCUGCAGAAUGGAUUCAACAGUUGCCAUUUUACUACAUUGUUGUGUAAAAAGUUACUGUAUUUUAAUUGAAAUUCCAUUUAAUAGUUGUGAUUUGUUUGUGGUGA